GGAGAAACGACUUUAUUUUUAACGACCGGAGGGCCUUUGCAGCCAUUUCUCACCUCUUCAUCAACUUCUCUUUUUUAUUAUUUUAAGUUACAUUACUGAUGUUGCUUGCCCGUGCAGCUAAGCUACAGGCACGUACCAGUGGCAAAAGCAUAGGAGGAGCAAGGCAAUUACUCACAGCCACAUGCCGAUCUAAUAGAUCCCAGCCAUUACGAUCAGGAUGUUUUUUUAUCGACCAUGUCAAUUCUACAUCACAGAUGUACAUUCCUAAAGAGCUAGGUCGCGUCCAUUCACGCCCAUUUUUAUCUUGGUUAUUCAAUCCCACAGAAGAGCCUGUUGCACCAAAAAAACUCACUCCCUUAAAGCUCGAGGAUGCUGGGCCGCGUGUACUUUUCUGGGACUCCACUCACAUUUCACCACACUUGAAACCCGAAUUUAAUGAAAGAGACAUUACAUGCUUAAGUACAGGAAUUGCUCACAGCUGUGCAGUGGUUGAUGGCAACGUCCAUGUCUGGGGCUCCAACUAUCACAAUCAGGUAACCUUGACUCCUUUCUUUUAAAAAUAAAUUUUCUUGAUCAAAUCACUAAUGCAGAAAAAAAACCCCUUUCUAUUACCUUUUAGGUUGGACUCACAACGGAAUCAUUUCAUGAUGAUGAUACGGAGGAUGUGACAGACGUACAUUUCGUGAGCCAGUUGGCCAAUGAAGAGAUAGUCCAGGUUGCUUCCG